AAUUGGUCUCCACGCAAGCGCUAUAAGCCUUGUCCUCCUCGAUGAUUCACUAUUCUCUUCAGUUGUUCAAAGAAUCUUCACCACACCAGAAGCAUUAUAUCAAGCAUUAUAGAAGCAUUAUAUCAGCUAUGGUUUAUCGAAAUGCCAGUUACAAAUUGGACACCGAAUACACCAUACGUUUCCCCAAAGCAUUAUUAACGCCCAUUGGUAUCUGGCCGCUGUACCAAGACGACACCGCUUUGCGUAAAACCAGAAGGCAGGUUCAGAUAGCGCUCAUUUUCUGCUCCAUGUGUUUUCUGCUGAUACCCCACGCGAUUUACACGUACCACGACUGCGAGGACCUGAAGAGGUACAUGAAGGUGAUAGCCGCGCAAGUGUUCAGUCUUUUGGGCAUCGUCAAAUUUUGGACGAUAAUUAUCAACAAGAAUGAGAUCAGCUUUUGUCUCACGGAGUUGGAGCUGCAGUACAGGGACGUGGAGUGCGAGGAGGAUCGAAAGCUGAUCAGAGAAAGCGCGAAAAUCGGUCGAUUUUUUGCGAUAUUGUAUCUGGGACUUUCGUACGGAGGUGCAUUGCCUUAUCACCUGAUUUUGCCUCUGUUAUCGGAGAAGGUUGUGAAGUCUGACAACACUACUCAAAUUCCUUUACCUUAUUUGAGUAACUAUGUGUUCUUCGUUAUUGAGGAUUCGCCGUUCUACGAGAUGACGUUCGCCUUUCAAAUGUUCAUCAGCAUUAUCAUUUUGUCCACAAAUUGUGGAAUCUACAUACUAAUCGCUGGUAUUACCAUGCACUGUUCUGGCUUAUUCGAAGUGAUCAACCGGAAGAUCGACUUAUUUAUGAAAGAGACCAACGGAAAAUUGCGUGAUCGUCUUCGGUUCAUCAUCCAACGUCACGUACAGGCGACCGAAUACGCUGCGAUGAUCGAGAAAACAUUCAACGUCGUAUUUUUAUCGGAAAUGCUUGGAAAUACCGUGAUUAUAUGUUUCCUGGAAUAUGGAGUGCUUGUGGAAUGGGAGGAUCACAAGACACUUAGCACGAUGACGUAUUUUAUAUUGAUGACGUCGAUUCUUUCGAACGUGUUUAUUAUAUCGUUUAUUGGGGAUCGUUUGAAACAAGUGAGUACAAGAGUGGGAAGAACAGCAUAUUUUUUACCGUGGUUCGAACUCCCGAUGGACGUAGUGAAAGAUGUAAGUAUGGUGAUCCUUCGAACCAGUCGUCCAUCAAGUCUAUCCGCAGGGAAACUCUUUGAUCUUUCGCUUCAAGGAUUUUGCGACGUUUUCAAAACCUCUGCAGCGUAUUUGAACUUUCUGCGAACGAUGACAGCAUGAAAAAUCAUCAACGAAUCAUCAGGGAAGUUUAUGACUCUAACUUUACAAUCACGGAUACACAAUUUCCCCUUGCGUAUAUCUUCUGCUGAAUAUUGCAGAUAACUAUUAAGCGAAGUAAACUCCGAAUGAUCAAAAAUAACAGAGCUAUCGAACGAUACUGACAAUACUCACUAACAUUUUUUACAGACACAUUGUUCCAUCAUUUUCUACAAAUAUUCCGAACGUAUUAUAUAACGUUAAAAUGCAUCUUCAUGUUGUAAGCGAUAUAGUCAUUGUGAGCAUAUUUUAAUAAAGAGUUUUGUUGCACAGACAAGAAGCAACCAAAGAAAAUUAUCCACCCGGUAAACUGUGUAGCACAAAUGGUCGUAAUGUCUCGUAACGUUGAUUUCUCCCAUCAAACUUGGAAACGCAUCGAAACUCCUUUCCAUAUUAAAAUUGUUCGGAUGAUUGCUAUUCGAUAUCAAAUUACCGUCUAUUCGAUGUCAAUUUACCACAUAACGCAGGCGCAAUGGUGUUCCCAAACGAAUCCACCUUCGUCACGAGUCAGUUUCGCUCAAACGCUCAAAUCAACCUCCACCAUGAAAAGUGACAAUAGCAUAUCCGGACCGACGAGCGUGGAGGAGGAUUUGAAUUACACCAUGAGA